UAUGAAGAGAGGAUAACUGAAGAUUGAUAAAAACACUUCUUGCGCCAGAGAUCACUUCGUACCAGAGAAUUUUGAUGAGUGGAUGAUCAAGACUAUGGUUGCUGAGGGUUUUUGUCUGACCUGGUAUGUAUGGUGAAGUAUUGAGGUGAUUGCUUCAGAGAUGAGGACUGGCGGAUGGUGGAACAUUUUGGCCUCAUUCACUCUAUUACAGAUGUGGAGAGAGGCAUCUGCAGUGGAAAUCCCUCCUGAUGUGAGACAGCCUCCUAUGAUAUUUAAGCAGAGUGUCCCGGACUACAUAGUGGAGCCAACGGACCCCAUCACAGUGGAGUGUGAGGCCACUGGAAAUCCUCCUCCAAUUUUCACAUGGACACGCAACGGAGUGUAUCUGAACGUGGCACGUGACCCACAGGUCAGCAUGAAGAGACGUUCUGGAACGCUGGAGAUAUAUUUUUGGGGGCGUCCAGAAGACUAUGAGGGCGUUUAUCAAUGCACUGCUACUAAUGAGUUUGGCUCGGCGAUAUCCAGUCACAUUCAUUUGCGCGUGUCAAAGGCUCGUACAUGGCUGAAGGAGUUUCUGGAGCCGGUGUCUGUGUUCGUGGGUCGUCCUUUAAUCCUGCCCUGUAAUCCUCCAGUUGGCCCACCAAAACCCCAAACCUACUGGAUGAACAGCUCUAUGGUACCAAUUCCUCAGGAUCAAAGAGUAUCGAUGGCAGAGAAUGGAGACCUGAUCUUCUCCAGUGUAAUUGUUGAAGAUGCUUUCACAAAUUAUGUCUGUACUGCCCGCUUCCCAUUCUCUAACACCAUCCAGCAGAAACCUCCACUCAUCCUUCAGGUGCACACAGCACGAAUGGCAGCUCAGACUGCUCCCAAGUUCCUAAGGCCCGGAGGAAUAGCCAGCUCUCAGAUCACGAAGCUAGGAGAAGAGCUUAUCUUGGAGUGUUUUGCUUCUGGAGUUCCCGCUCCCACCAUCAAAUGGACUAAAGACUGGGAACGGUUGCCUAUGGAAGGCAUGCAGCUGGAGAACUUCAAUAAGACCCUGCGCAUUAAGAAUAUAUCUAUGGAAGACAGAGGCGAAUACAUGUGUACUGCCAGCAACCGUAUGGGCAGUAUAGACCACACCAUCACCGUAAUAGUGAAAUCUGCUCCAUUUUGGCUUGAGAAGCCCCAAAGUCUGAUCCUGUCUCGAGAUGACAGUGGACAAAUGGAGUGUAGGGCUGAUGGAAUUCCCCGACCACAAAUACAGUGGCUGGUUAAUGGAGAACCUAUUGAAGAUGCUCCUAAGAGUCUGGGCAGACGGGUAUCAGGUGACACUCUGAUAUUUCGCUCUGUGGUGCCAGAUAGUACAGCAGUGUUCCAGUGUAACGCCUCCAACCCGUAUGGCUACAUACUAGCAAAUGCCUUUCUCACAGUGUUGGAUAUGAGGCCUCGAUUGCUGAGCAUUAGGGAUGAGAUGAUUAAAGUGACUGAGGGGACUCGGACUCUCCUGCACUGCCCAUAUUUUGGCUCGCCAAAACCAGACCUGCGCUGGUCUAAAGGUGGAAUGGGUUCAUUACAGGGAGGUCAUUACAGAGUUUACUCUAAUGGAACACUGGAAAUAAAGCGCACCAAACUGCAGGACCAGGGGGCGUAUGUCUGUGUCGCCAGCAAUGUCAUUGGACGAGAUGAGAUGCAGAUACAGCUGGAGGUCAAAGAACCCACUAAAAUUAUUCGUGCCCCCCAUAAUGUGACUGUAAUCAAAGGGGGCCUGGCACACUUUGACUGUAAGAUUCAAUCUGACCCAACGCUGGAGGUGACUGUCACAUGGCUUAAAGACAAAGCAUUCCUAAUCUUAGGAAGAAGAAUGACGAGGGAUGAGGACUCUCUGAGCAUUGCUAAUGUGUUUAAAAAAGACGAGGGCGUUUACACCUGCAGAGUGAAGACUGAAGUAGAGGAAAUCAGUGCAUCAGCCAAACUCAUUGUGAUGGACCGUCCUGACCCCCCUACUGACCUAGAGGUCUCAGAUCCAUCAGAACGGAAUGCCAGACUUACUUGGGUUCCAGGACGGAGCAACCACAGCCCUGUCAAAGAGUAUCUGGUGCAGUAUACCGAGGACCUCCUUGCAGACUACUGGCUCAUACCGAGCGCCUGGAUGAACCUGACCAGUUACCCUGGCCAACUGAAUUCAGUCAUACUGCAGCUCAGACCAUUUGUCGAGUAUCAGUUUCGGGUCAUUGCCAUCAACGCUCUCGGCUCUAGCAAACCCAGCAAGCCAUCCAUGAAUUACCAGACUGGUGGAGCUGUGCCAGAUGCAAUCCCAAGAAACAUUAAAGGAGUGGGGACGGGAGUGUUCAGAAAUAACAUUGAGAUCAGCUGGGAGCCUUUAGAGUACAGAGAGUGGAACGGGCCAAAGCUUGGCUACAUAGCAUGGUGGAGACGGCGAGACUCCAGAGAGGAAUGGAAGAACUACACAACCUACUGGUGGUGCAGUCACGUUAUUUAUGAGACUGAUACAUUUACUCCCUACGAGAUUAAAGUGCAGGCUAUCAAUUACUUCGGCCUUGGACCAGAAUCCCCUGUCGUCAUCGGCUACUCUGGAGAGGAUCGUCCAACUGCUGCUCCCACUGAUCUGCGAGUCUCAGAUGUAGAGAGUACAAAGCUGACAGUCCACUGGCAGCCUGUACCCCGAGCCAGCAUCAUGGGGGAGAUUAAAGAGUACACGGUGUACUUCUGGCGAGAGAGCAGCCGUCUGCCACAUCACAGUGUCAGCACAAGGAUGAAGUCCAAGAGUUUCAAAGCCAAUGGCCCACGGCUAUCUGGCACCCUGACCGGUCUCAUCCCCUACAGCAACUACAACAUGUACAUUGUAGUGGCCAAUAACCGCUUUGAGGGUCCUUCAAGCAACACGAUUGAGUUCCAGACACUCGAGGGAGUGCCAUCAGUGCCCAGGUCAUUCAGAGUCAUGAACAGGCAUUAUGACACCAUCUAUCUAGAAUGGGAGACACCUGCAGAACCCAAUGGUAUUCUGACUGGAUACAUCCUUAAAUACCAGACAUUAAACGUGUCAAUAGGAGAAAGGAUUCAGGCGGAGUACCUUCCCCCCAAUGCCACCUACUUCACGCUGCGCCGCUUUGACCGUUACACCCGCUAUAAGUUCACGCUGGCCGCACAGACACAGGUGGGAGUGGGAGAGUCGUUCACUGAGGAGUCACCCCAUUUUACAUCUGACGAACAUGCCCAGGAACAAGUGGACAUAGUGACUCAAGGAUGGUUCAUCGGGCUGAUGUGUGCCAUUGCACUGCUGGUUCUCAUUAUGCUCACUGUCUUCUUUAUCAAAAGAACCCGUGGAGGGAAGUACCCAGUACGAGACAAGCAAGAUUUUGCACUUGAUCAAAUGGAUGAGCGGGAGGAGGGGUCUUUUGACUACAGGUCUCUUGAAAGGAUAACUCGUAUUCCCACCCUCCCCUACUCCAGACGCGAGGAAGAGAGCCGUCAGAGCCGUCAGGGCCGCAGUAAGGGACACAUGCAGCAGAAAACAAGCAGUGAUGACAGUCUAAUGGAAUAUGGUGAUGAGGAAGAGAUUGAGUUUAAUGAAGACGGCUCAUUCAUUGGUGAAUACACAGGCAUUAGUAGGAGAAACAGGGACAGUAUCCAAUUCCACGAGAGCUCUGAGCCUACUUCGCCUGUCGCCAUCUACUCGGUCGCAUAAAGCAUGAGAAAGUGUAAAGGUGGUGGUGCCUACUGGUCUUCUACUGGUCUUCCUUCUAUUAAGGAGUUGGUUCCUGUAGGUUAACCUGAAACCAAGAUUUCACCUCAGAUGCUACUGAGCAUGGACAAGGUUUUAAUCACAACAGGGGUGAUUGUGUUCUGGACUGACUCAGCUUGUGCAGCAACAAAGGCAAACUACAGGUUAAAAGUAUGGAAGCAAGCGUUUUAGUUUACAGUGACAUCACAUGUUCUUAAUCAUUUCAUCUAAGGGUGGCAUGGUGGUAGAGUUGGAGAAAUGGGUACUACACAGCAACAUGGGUCCACCAGGUGCAUUGACCUGUCUAAAUUGCUCCCUAUGUGUGUGUCCAAGGUGUAAUCCUACAUUAUAUAAAUAAUUUACCUAAAGAGAGUAAAUUAAGAAAAUUUAAGGUCCUUUAAAUGUUGUUCCCUUCAGUAAUUACUAUUUAGACAGGCUGUUUUAUUAGCUUUGUUAGAUAUUUAUUGUGAAUAUCAUUUUAUUAUAUUUACCAGCUCUUAAUAACAUAUAAAGUCAAAUUUUCAGAGAUGAGUCAUUAGGCGCUCAGGUGGUACAGUGGGAUAUUCUGCUAGCACACCAGCGCCGAAAUUCUGAACUCCUUGGUUCGAAACUCGGUGUUGCCACUGGUCGGCUGGUCGCCAUUUAGCGGGCAUAAUUGGCAGUGCCUGCAGCAGACACGUCUGCUAGGGCGGGAUGACCGGACUAUGUGGGUAGGCUCUUCAAACGCUGUGCUUUCACACUUUUGACAUGCCAUCAUGUACAGCAAAUUUGGAAAGAAAUGUAACUGUGGUUUUGUCAGUUAUGCUCACUGAAAAUUCUAUUUUAAAAUACACAAAAAAAUUCAAAAAGUCUCUGUAUGGAAAGUGUAAUGGCCAGUGGAUGAAUCUGUUUAUCAUGUUGAUUAAAGUAAUAAGCAUGCAGGGUAAAUUUUGGCUAUAGAUGUUAAUGAGUUGGCUGAGGUUUGAGGUUUUAAUUCUUCAGCGUGAUAUUUUAAAUGACAAUGGUGCACAAAUCCAGUUUAUCAUUUACUUGUUGAGAUAAGGAACUUACCCUUAGGGAACUCCCUUUGUCUAAGGGAACUUAGACAAAUGUGUGCAAUUAGUGGAGGAACAUAGUUAUGUAGCAUUCAUAGAUGCCACUAACAAUACCUCAGUGAUGACAUAUCUAAAACUGGAUAGACAGGAUUCACAUAUACUGUACAGUUCAGCAUUUUUUUGAUAAAAUUUCUGUGUGUAUAUUUUACACAACACAGUCUGUGUAAGGACCCUGCUUGGCAGAUAGAGAGGCGCCUGUGCACAGUACUUAGGUGAAAAAGGGUUCCGCAAAGGGCUGCGCACGGGUCGGAGGAGGCGUGAGCAGCAAUAUACCCACCUCAACUGCAAUCAGGGAUCCCCCAGCAGCAGAAGACAAAUUGACUACGCUAAAUUGGGAUAAAAUGUAUAAAUAAAAUAGAAAAAAAGAGAUAAGCCAUUAAACUUUGCUUUUAAAUCUUCUAAAUGUCAUAAUAAGUCUUAUAAGACAGUCAAUUUCCCAUAGCCCAACUGUCCAAGGGUCCAGGGUGUUCUAAUUGUUGUCCAAUAGUUAUAAAUUUGGUAGUUGUUUAGUAAUGCUGAAAAUAUUAAUUCAGACCACGUUAACAUUAAACAUAUUACUAUUUAUUUCCCACAAACUGUUUGUAUAAAGUCAGUUUUGCUUUUAAACAUGUCAUGUACACCAAAUAUGCAAAGAAAUGUAACUGUGGUUUUGUCAGUUAUGCUGACUGAAAAAAGUUUCUGUAUGGGAAGUGUAAAGGCCAGUGGAUGAAUCUGUUUAUCAUGUUGAUAAAAGUAAUAAGCAUGCAGGGUAAAUUUUGGCUAUAGAUGUUAAUGAGUUGGCUGAGAUUUGAGAAUUUUAAUUCUAAGACAAUAUUUUAAAUGACAAUGGUGCACAAAUCCAGUUCUUCAUUUACGUGUUGAAAUAGGGAACUUAGACAAAUGUAUGCAAACAGUGGGGGAACAUAAGUAUGUGGCGUAACUAGGAGCUCAUGGGCCCCAGUGCAAAAAACAAAUUGGGCCCCAUAUAUAUAUAUAUAUAUAUAAGUUCAUGUGGCCCGCCUUGCGCUAAGCAAAAUAAUCUACAAUAGACUUCAAAUUGCUGAUGACAUUUGUACAUUAGGUUACGCCCCUGGUAUGUAGCAUCCAUAGAUGCCACUAACAAUACAUCAGUGAUGACAUAUCUAAAAGCCUGGAUAGAUAGGAUUCACAUAUACUGUACAGUUUAGCAUUUUUAACAUAAAGAGCAUUUGCAAAGUAACUGACCCACCAUAGCCAUUAACAAUGCCUCAGUGUUUACAUAUCUGAGACCCAGAAUAAAUAAUAAAAAGAAUCUAACCACUG